AGCAAAUCGGAGCCCUGGCCGGGCAGCACAUUGUGCAUGUGGCCUGUGGUGAGUCUCACAGCGUGGCUCUCAGUGACCAGGGCCAACUCUUCUCCUGGGGUGCUGGCAGUGAUGGACAGUUGGGCCUCACCACUACAGAAGAUGCAGUGACGGUACCAAGGUUGAUAAAGAAAUUGAACCAACAGACGAUACUGCAGGUUUCCUGUGGAAAUUGGCAUUGCCUGGCUUUGGCAGCAGAUGGCCAGUUCUUCACAUGGGGGCAGAACAGCUAUGGUCAGCUGGGCUUGGGCAAAGAAUGUCCCUCCCAAGCCAGUCCACAACGUGUCAAGUCUCUUGAUGGGAUCCCUCUGGCUCAGGUUGCUGCAGGUGGAGCCCACAGUUUUGCCCUUUCUCUCUCAGGAGCUGUGUUUGGCUGGGGCAAGAACAGCUCAGGACAGCUGGGACUAAGUGAUGAACGAGACAGAGAAUCCCCUUGUCAUGUGAAGCUGUUGCGGUCUCAGAAGGUUGUUUACAUCAGCUGUGGAGAGGAGCACACAGCAGUUUUGACAAAGAGUGGAGGGGUGUUCACGUUCGGUGCAGGUUCCUGUGGGCAACUGGGACACGACUCCAUGAAUGAUGAAGUGAACCCCCGAAGAGUUCUUGAGCUAAUGGGCAGUGAAGUAUCCCAGAUUGCCUGUGGCAGACAUCACACUUUAGCCUUUGUGCCUUCUUCAGGAAUGAUCUAUGCAUUUGGCUGUGGAACACGAGGACAACUGGGAACAGGGCACACUUGCAAUGUUAAGUGUCCCUCUCCCGUCAAGGGUCACUGGGCAGCUCACAAUGGGCAACUAUCAGGGAAACCUGAUGCCUGUAAAUAUCACAUUGUUAAACAUAUCUUCUCUGGAGGAGACCAAACAUUUGUGCUUUGCUCCAAAUAUGAGAAUUCCUUGCCUGCUGAUGAUUUCCGGACCAUAAAUGAAACACGUUACACCUGUUUAAUAAAUGAUGAAACUAUAGAUGUCUGGAGGCAAAAGCUUUUAGAAAAGAACAGUUCUAAUUCUGUCAAUAAUGUUGUUCAGAUACUGUCCUCAGCUGCCUGCUGGAAUGGAAGCUUCUUGGAGAAGAAGUAA